AUGAGGCCAGUCCUCCUCCUCGUGGCCCUCGCGCCCGCCGUCCUCGCUGGCCCGCAAGCACAACCGCAACGCGACCUCACCCCCGACCUCGCGCGCUCCCGGUUCUUAAUACCGGAACACGUUAUCGCGCACCAACAGCUCGCCGCGGUCGUCGAACCCGAAGAAAACAGGUCUACACAGCACAGCGCACGGCAUGUUCUCCAAGCGCGCAGUGAAGGUUCCCUCGGCCAGACACCGUGGAUCGGAAUGGCUAUCGGGCUCACCUGUACCGCUCUGGCGGCGGUAAUGCUGGGUUAG